AUGUCUUCUCCGUCCUACCUCACGAGAAGGCAGCGGUCCUACGCCAGCCACGCCUCCCACAACAACCCGCACAGCCUGGAGCCCUUUUCCGCCGCCCUGAUCCCGAACCACGAGAGGGGAACCCUGCAAACCUUCCCAGGCGCCGGCGGCGGCGCCGGUGCCGGCGGCGGGCCGCGCGGUCGCCGACGAGGCUCCCCGUUCGCCGCCCUGUCGGAAGCGUACAAGCCGGCGAGGGCGCCCGUCUUCUCGCGCCCCCGCCGCCGCGACGGCGGCGAGGUUCUCGGGCUGCGGUCGUCCUGCAGCUUCGUGGCGUGGCCCAGGCCCGGCGGCGGAGACGGGCUGCUGCCCGCCGACCCCCGCCACGUGCAGCAGAAGAGGCCGCAGCGGCAGGCCGGGGCGGAGGUCCAGAUCAUCACGACGACCGCGGCGAAGAAGCCCGUCCUGCUGCUGCCGCGGAAGAAGACCGACGAGAACGCGGUCCUGGGGCGAUGGGUGUCCUCCUCGUCUUCGACGGAGGAGGCAGCGUCGACGGCAGCCACCACACCCCCGCCCACGCCGCCGCCGCCGCCCUCCCGGUCCCACCGCAAGAGUGUGUCGUGGCCGGAAGACGUCAUCCGCUCCGUCCACCGCUUCCCGGUCGCCGCGUCUCAGGCGGACGUCUACUCCCCGGACCUGCAGGCCGUCGAGAUCGCCAAGGAGCUGGCCGUCCGGGCGAGGAACCCGGAGCUGAGGCGGGCGGCCCUGCAGGUGGACUACUGCCGGCGGCACGCCGCGCAGGUCGUGCGGUCCAUGACCUCGGCGCAGAACGGCGGGCUGGACGGGGUGGAGGAGGCGUGCCGGCUGUACGGCUGGCGGGAGGAGACCUUCCUGCGCGAGACGGACGAGCUCGUGCGGUCCAUCGUCGUGGAGGGAGGGGAGAAGGAGGUGUGGCGGCUCAAGUCGAGCUUCCGAGCGGCGCGAAGGAGGAUGGAGGACGCGGAAUCGGACUGAAAAAUUGAAAAAGGAAAGCCGGCCCCGCCGGCGGUGGUGCUGAAGUGGGGACGGGCGGAGCUGAGUUAACGCCUCGUGUGUGCGGUGGGAAAACGUUUGUUGUAUGAAAUAGUAACAUGGAUUAUCAUCUUCUUGUAGAUAAAUGAAUGGGUUGAUUUCCACACCGGUGAUGUCCACACGAUGAUGAACGCAAGAGAGAGAGAUUGAUUGAUUUUGUGAUUCCGCGAUAGAGCUUGUUGACCGUUGGCGGCGGUUUCGCACCACGGAGAGGAGGGUGCAUGCGACUUCGACGCGCUGAAAAAAUAUUCAAAUAUGCGUUCGAGAAGGGUAGUAUGGCCGACGACGUUGCCGGGUUUCUCUCUUGUUGGCGUUUCUGUGUGAGGGAGCCCGCCGGGUGCGUUUGCAGCGGCGGAGGCUCUGUCGCCCCCCAUGGUGGCGCAAUAGGUGCGUGUGAACAUGCAUACAUGCCCGUCGCAACGUAAUGAGAUUUUUUGUUCGAAGGGCGGCCCUCACCGAAUCGUCGUUGUUGUGUCUCCGCGAGAACCGGUGAAAGUUGUUACGUUUUUUCGUGUGGGUAUGUGUGAGUGUGUUACGUGUGCGUGCUGCGAAAGAUCAUGCGUGUUUGUCCAUCGCCAAAUGGACGGUUCAGAACGCAGGGGCACUACAUUGCUAGAGUUCUUUUAUCGUGUAUUGGGUGUUCCGUGCGAGUGCCUUGCAUCGUUGACUUUGGGGUGGGUCGGGGGGGCAAUUUUGGGUAAAAUAUAUCGUUUUAAAUCAAACACGAUGAUGCUUAAAUCCACGGCUUUUAUGUCAAAUGACAAAUACAACCGUGUUUUUGAAGCCAUCCGAGGUGUUGAUUUACAUGCCGGGGGCGAGCGUGCUCAUCUGUGCGUAGUGGGCACGUGUCGCGUUUUUUUACGUUUGGUCGACUCGCUCAUAUCCGGCGCGAUGGUAUAGAAAGUGAAGACGAGUGAGGUCUGUGUGAUUGGUUGGAUAGAAACAGCCGCUUCGGUAUGUAGAUGACACGAGGGCUGUUAGACGUUGGUGUUGCGUUUUGUCACGGAUAGAGGGUAAUCGUGUUUCCUCGAAGAUGAGAGAGUGAACAAAAAAUAUUUUGAC